AUGCACGUGCGCUCGCUGCGCGCUGCGGCGCCACACAGCUUCGUGGCGCUCUGGGCGCCUCUGUUCUUGCUGCGCUCUGCCUUGGCCGACUUCAGCCUGGACAACGAGGUGCACUCCAGUUUCAUCCACCGGCGCCUCCGCAGUCAGGAGCGGCGGGAGAUGCAGCGGGAAAUCCUGUCCAUCUUGGGCUUGCCCCAUCGCCCGCGCCCGCACCUUCAGGGAAAACAUAAUUCGGCGCCCAUGUUCAUGUUGGACCUGUACAACGCCAUGGCGGUGGAGGAGAGUGGGCCGGACGGACAGGGCUUCUCCUACCCCUACAAGGCCGUCUUCAGUACCCAGGGUCCCCCUUUAGCCAGCCUUCAGGACAGCCACUUCCUCACCGACGCCGACAUGGUCAUGAGCUUCGUCAACCUAGUGGAACAUGACAAAGAAUUCUUCCACCCUCGAUACCACCAUCGAGAGUUCCGGUUUGAUCUUUCCAAGAUACCCGAGGGAGAGGCGGUGACCGCAGCCGAGUUCAGGAUCUAUAAGGACUACAUCCGGGAGCGGUUUGACAACGAGACCUUCCAGAUCACAGUCUAUCAGGUGCUCCAGGAGCACUCAGGCAGGGAGUCCGACCUCUUCUUGCUGGACAGCCGUACCAUCUGGGCUUCUGAGGAGGGCUGGUUGGUAUUUGACAUCACAGCCACCAGCAACCACUGGGUGGUCAACCCUCGGCACAACCUGGGCUUACAGCUCUCCGUGGAGACCCUGGAUGGAGCAGUGUCUUAG